AUGGAAUGCAGGGAAAAUCCCAGCAUCACCACCACCGGCGCCACCGCUGCAGUGGCAGCAGCAAUUCCUACCUCCUUACUCUCUCAUAUAUCAUCACCGGCUGGAUCUUUUGCAUCUUUUCCGCCACGAGCUGUUUUAGUUAGUCCUUGUGCUGCAUGCAAAAUCCUCCGCCGGAGAUGUGUCGAUAAAUGUGUGUUGGCGCCUUAUUUUCCGCCGUCGGAGCCGCUCAAAUUCACCAUUGCUCACAGAGUUUUCGGCGCCAGCAACAUAAUCAAGUUGUUGCAGGAACUUCCUGAAGCUCAAAGAGCAGAUGCUGUGAAUAGUAUGGUUUAUGAAGCCAACGCCAGGCUUAGGGAUCCAGUUUACGGUUGUGCCGGCGCAAUUUGCCAACUUCAGAAGCAAAUCAGUGAGCUGCAAGCAGAACUGGCAAAAUCACAGGCUGAAAUUUUAAACAUGCAAUACCAAAAUGCCAAUUUGGUGGAAUUCGUCUGCCAAGAAAUGUUACAGAAUCAAGAAAACUCCCCCCAAGACCAACAAGACGAGAAUUCACGAUUCCUUUUCGAUGAAAACUUUUUCAGCAUGGGUCCGGAACCCCUCUGGACCUGA